AUGUUUUUGGCAUGCAUAACCUGUGGAGAUGCCUCUGGGGUAAACUCUCGGACGGAGACACGCACGACCAUAGAACGACACCUCAACCCAGCCAAUCGAGCUACAGUCUCCCGAGGGAACCUGACCUACCUAAUCGAACACGUGCGCCGCGCCGCAGCCGAUAGCAUCAACGCGGCGUUCCAGCCAGUAGAUACCGGGCUCCGACGGGCGAGAGGACCGAGCUGCGCAACCGCAUCGAGCAACUCGAUCAACGGACUCCGCUACGAAUACGAGCCCUUCGACGCGCGCAAGCGCGACCGCAUCGAGGCUUUAAUCUCCGAGGAAGAAGACCUGCUGCGGUCCAUCGCGCAGCUGAAGCGGCGGGCGCCGGCGGCGGCGGCCAGCCGGUGGGGGGAGGCGACGCGGGCGGGGAUGGCGGCGGACGAGGCCGGGCUGGCGGUGGCGGGGCAGCGGGUUGCGGAGGAGGGGGCGGUUAGCGGGCGGAGGGCGUUGGAGGGGAUGGCGCCGUUGGAGAGGCAGGACGGGGUGGAGGGGCGGUUUGGGGAGGCGGUGGCUGGGUUGGGGAGGUUGAAGAGGGAUUUGCCGCCGGCGCUGACGAGGAUGGAAAGGACGAGGGUGGCGCAGGUGUCCAUAAAGGAGGGGGGACGUAGUGGUGGUGGGAAGUAA